UUAAAUGUAGAGAAUGUAACAACUGACAAUCUGACACCUGGAAAUUUUUAUACAUUUUAUAUUUCUGCUGUUGUUGGUGACUCUUUUGUAGAGGGUUACCGCACAGCUAUAUCUACCUACAUGGUGCCUGGAGGAAUCAAGAACUUGACCAUUGUAUGUGUCACUGAGCAUGCCGUUUCUCUAAGCUGGCUACCACCUGAAGGAAACUUUAGCUCGUACAUUUUUAGGAUUGAGCAAUUUCCAACUUUCAACAGUAUCUUAAAUAUAGAGAAUGUAACAACUGACAAUCUGACACCUGGAAAUCUUUAUACAUUUUAUAUUUCUGCUGUUGUUGGUGACUCUUUUGUAGAGGGGAAAAGCUCCACUAUAUCUACCUACAUGGUGCCUGGAGGAAUCAAGAACUUGACCAUUGUAUGUGUCACUGAGCAUACUGUUUCUCUAAGCUGGCAACCACCUGAAGGAAACUUUAGCUCAUACAUUUUUAGGAUUGAGCAAUUUCCAACUUUCAACAGUAUCUUAAAUGUAGAGAAUGUAACAACUGACAAUCUGACACCUGGAAAUCUUUAUACAUUUUAUAUUUCUGCUGUUGUUGGUGACUCUUUUGUAGAGGGGAAAAGCUCCACUAUAUCUACCUACAUGGUGCCUGGAGGAAUCAAGAACUUGACCAUUGUAUGUGUCACUGAGCAUACUGUUUCUCUAAGCUGGCAACCACCUGAAGGAAACUUUAGCUCAUACAUUUUUAGGAUUGAGCAAUUUCCAACUUUCAACAGUAUCUUAAAUGUAGAGAAUGUAACAACUGACAAUCUGACACCUGGAAAUCUUUAUACAUUUUAUAUUUCUGCUGUUGUUGGUGACUCUUUUGUAGAGGGGAAAAGCUCCACUAUAUCUACCUACAUGGUGCCUGGAGGAAUCAAGAACUUGACCAUUGUAUGUGUCACUGAGCAUACUGUUUCUCUAAGCUGGCAACCACCUGAAGGAAACUUUAGCUCAUACAUUUUUAGGAUUGAGCAAUUUCCAACUUUCAACAGUAUCUUAAAUGUAGAGAAUGUAACAACUGACAAUCUGACACCUGGAAAUCUUUAUACAUUUUAUAUUUCUGCUGUUGUUGGUGACUCUUUUGUAGAGGGGAAAAGCUCCACUAUAUCUACCUACAUGGUGCCCGGAAGAAUCAGGAACUUGACAAUUGUUUGUGUCACUGAGCAUGCUGUUUCUCUAAGCUGGCAACCACCUGAAGGAAACUUUAGCUCGUACAUUUUUAGGAUUGAGCAAUUUCCAACUUUCAACAGUAUCUUAAAUGUAGAGAAUGUAACAACUGACAAUCUGACACCUGGAAAUUUUUAUACAUUUUAUAUUUCUGCUGUUGUUGGUGACUCUUUUGUAGAGGGUUACCGCACAGCCAUAUCUACCUACUUGGGUAAGCAGCUCUACUGUAAAUAUAAUCUAAGUAAAAGAUUAAUAACUACGUUGUUAAGAGAUACAGGGGUGUCUUUUUUUUGA